AGCCCAGUCUUCCUAUAUAUAAUCGGCUCAUCUUCCAGAGAUCUCGUUUCUGUUGCUUUAUUACAAUCUCGAAGGUUUCCGUAUAGAUCGAUCGCUCAAUCAAUCAGUCCAUCAAAUGGCGGAGAAGAGCUUCAAGUACGUGAUUCUCGGUGGUGGAGUCGCCGCUGGUUAUGCGGCUAGGGAAUUUGCCAAGCAAGGAGUUAAGCCAGGGGAGCUUGCUAUUAUCUCUCAAGAGGCGGUUGCUCCUUAUGAACGCCCUGCACUUAGCAAGGCAUACCUGUUUCCUGAGUCACCUGCAAGACUUCCAGGAUUUCACGUCUGUGUUGGCAGUGGUGGGGAGAGGCAGCUUGUUGAGUGGUAUGCAGAGAAAGGAAUUGCAUUGAUCCUCAGCACACAAAUAGUGAAGGCAGAUCUUGCCUCUAGAGCUCUCAUCAGUGCAGCUGGAGAAACUUUCAAAUAUCAGAUAUUGAUCAUUGCAACUGGUUCCUCUGUUAUAAAGUUGACAGACUUUGGUGUGAAAGGUGCUGACGCCAAAAACAUCUUCUACUUGAGGGAAAUUGAUGAUGCUGAUAAGCUUGUUGAAGCGAUUAAAUCCAAGAAAAAUGGAAAGGCUGUACUUGUUGGAGGAGGAUACAUAGGUCUUGAGCUGAGUGCAGCAAUGAGAUUAAACAACUUUGACGUCACCAUGGUGUACCCGGAACCCUGGUGCAUGCCUCGGCUUUUCACGGCUGGUAUAGCUGCUUUCUAUGAAGGUUUUUAUGCAAACAAAGGAAUUAAAAUUGUUAAGGGAACUGUAGCUGUUGGGUUCACUGCUGAUGCCAAUGGAGAGGUAAAAGAAGUAAAACUGAAGGAUGGUAGGGUGCUAGAAGCCGACAUUGUUGUUGUUGGCGUUGGAGGUAGACCACUUUCGGUGUUGUUCAAAGGACAGCUUGAAGAGGAGAAAGGCGGAAUUAAGACUGAUGGUUUCUUCAAGACAAGUGUUCCUGAUGUGUAUGCAGUGGGGGAUGUUGCUACUUUCCCGUUGAAACUGUACAAUGAGAUGAGAAGAGUUGAACAUGUUGACCAUGCCCGCAAAUCUGCUGAGCAAGCUGUGAGGGCUAUCUUUGCAAGUGAACACGGGGAACCAAUUGACGAGUAUGACUAUCUUCCGUACUUCUAUUCCCGCGCCUUCAGUCUGUCAUGGCAGUUCUACGGCGACAAUGUGGGUGAGGCAGUGCUAUUUGGAGAUAACAACCCAGCAUCAGAAAAUGCCAAGUUCGGUUCAUACUGGAUCCAAGAUGGGAAGGUAGUGGGUGCUUUUCUCGAGGGCGGGACCCCUGAAGAAAACAAGGCUAUUGCCAAAGUUGCAAAGGUCCAACCCCCGGCCGGGAGCUUGGACCAAUUGGCAAAGGAGGGUCUCACCUUUGCAGCCAAGAUUUAACAUUUCCCCUAACAGGAAGCUUUGCAUGAAUCAUAAUGUUUGGUUUGCAUCUCUUACACUGUCUACUGAGCCUGUGAUCUUGCUCUAUGUUAGUAAAGUGAUGGUUUCUUCCUUUACCCUGUUUUACGUAAAUUAUGCACCCCCAGUUUGUAACUUUAUGGUCUAUUUCGUUACUCCUUUUUUCCAAGUAGUUUUGAAAAGCUUUCUGGAUUUUGCUUGCUUUUUUAUUUAAUAAAACAUAUUACUACCAGCUGAAUAAGCAAUUGCAGAGCA